AUGUCGGCAAUCAAAAAGCUAAGUGAAUCGACAUAUACUUUUCUUGCUCUUAUCGACCACACGCUAGAUGAUAUUGAAAGUCUUUGUCAUCUAGAUAACGGUCAUGAUCGACGCGUCCCAUGUUACGGACUUGGACCGUUGGAAAAUGUGCCUCUGGAAAUUCUUCAAAUGAUUCUUUUGCGGCUUGAUAUUCGAUCAAUGACUCAGUUCCGACGCGUCAACAGACGAGCAAGGCUGGUUGUAGAUCAUAUCCCACAAUACAAGCAAAUCGUCCUGCAUGCCCCAGCCUCAAUCCGAGGAUGUCUCAGCCUGAGAAGUGGAUUUUCUUUUUCAUGCCAAGAUCUUUAUGAUAAACUGCGUACAGCUGAGUGUGACAGCUGUGGUGACUUUGGUGGUUACCUGUACCUGGUCACCUGUCGUCGCGUUUGUUUUCUCUGCUUCACCGAGAAGGCCGAUUACCUACCACUCCUUCGAAGUGACGUGAUUCGAAAAUUUGGACUUCGCUCAGAACACUUAGCAAAGCUUCCCUCCUUCAAGAGUGUUCCUGGUCGUUAUUCGUCUCGAGGAAUCAAAUGUCACCGUCGACUUACUUUAUUUGAUCAUUCUGCUGCGCGUGAGGCAGGAAUUUUUGUGCACGGGGAUAGCAACUCAAUGAAACAAUACGCAUCAGAGAGUCUUGCCAAGAGAAUUGAAAUCCAUCAAUCUCGAAAUGCGAGAUCCACCGGUGGAGUGAAACCACCUCGACUGCCCAGGUCUGAAGAAUCUUUUGACGGGUUUUCGUCUAACCCCAUACGAUUUAUGGGAAUCAUUCGAGCACCGGUUCUUGACACUCGCACGGCAAUUCCACAGUGGGGGUUUCAUUGUACUGCUUGCAAACCUCAUCAUUACGGCCGUCCGCUACACUGGCGCCGAAAAUUUACCAAGGACAGCUACCGAAAUCAUAUAAGAGAGUGUGGAGAGAUCAUUGACGGCAAGCACAAACAUGAGUAA